AUGAGGCUUCUACCGAACUCAACCUUGCUGAGACUGGUUCGGUUCGUGCAACACAAAGCAAACUUAUCUUCCCUCAAUCCUACCAUCAGGGAAAUUUUGAAUAACCCUCCAGAUACGAAUUCAGUUGUCACAGUCAAUGGACACAUCAAAUCGUUAAGAACAUCGAAAAAUGUGGGUUUCAUAGAUAUCUCUGAUGGUCUGAGCUCAGAUACACUUAAUGUGGUGUUUCCAAAGCCUGAUACUGUGCUCGAGAAGCAGCAUUUCAAAGUUGGCCAGAGCUUGUCUGUUACCGGAAAGUGGAUUGAGUCUCGUGGUAAGCAAAAGUAUGAGCUCCAAUUCGAUGUUGAUGAGUCACAUCAUAAACUCUCUAUCGUUGGAAACGUUCCUGAUGAUUUUCCAAUCCAAAAGAAGACACAUUCCUUACAAUUUUUGAGAAGUCUACCGACAUUGAGACACAGAACGACUGGCUUGGCCUCUGUUUUACGGUUUAGAUCUUUGGUUGAAUCAAAAUUAAUCGAGUAUUUUGAUAAAAACAGCUUCGUGAAAGUUUCUCCUCCGUUGAUCACAUCUUCUGAUUGUGAAGGUGCUGGUGAGCAAUUCAAAGUCGAACAGUUGAAUAAAACUGCUGGCGAGUUCUUCGGUAAACCCGCUUAUUUGACGGUUUCAACCCAGCUCCAUUUAGAAAUUCUUGCACACUCGCUCAACAGAGUAUGGACAUUGACGCCCUGCUUUCGUGCCGAAGAUUCCAAUACCAAUAGACACCUCAGUGAGUUUUGGAUGCUAGAGGCUGAAGUUUCUUACGUGACUCAUGUGCAACAACUCACUACUUUGGUAGAGAAUAUGAUUCGUCAUACCGCACAAGCCAUAAGGGAUGAAGGUCUGGGGUAUUCCGAUUUGCUAAAAGCCAGAUUCAGCAAAGAGGAAGCUGCCAAAGUGGAGCAAAGGUGGGAUUCAGUUUUGCUGCUGCAACAAUGGCCUUCUAUUACCUAUACAGAGGCCGUUGAAAUCAUAAACCAAGUCAAAUGCAAAGGCAGGCUGAAGGGCCGUUUGGAAUGGGGUGACUCAAUCCUGACUGAGAAUGAAAAAUGGCUAGCGGGUACUCAUUUCCAAUCACCUGUAUUUGUCACUGACUAUCCAUCAGAGCAGAAGCCAUUCUACAUGCCAAAAUCUCAUGAAAGCGUCUAUGACGCAGACAGACCAACCGUGGCCUGUUUUGAUCUCAUUAUGCCGGAGAUAGGUGAACUCGUGGGAGGAUCUAUGAGAGAGCUGGACCACGAUAAGCUUCUCGCUGAAAUGAAAAACAGAAAUAUGAACUAUGUCGACAUGGAAUGGUACCUCUCGGCUACCUUGAACGGAUCAGUACCCCACGGUGGUUUCGGCAUGGGUUUUGAGAGGCUCAUUGCUUACCUUGGAGCCAUGGACAAUAUCAGGGAUGUUUCUGCAUUUCCUAGAGCACCCGAAUUAUGCCCCUGCUAA